CAAUCUGUAUCACUUCUUCACUCAGUUUGCAGUAGUAGCCUCCACGCCAAUCGCCAUAGACACGACUCCACCCAGACGGCCUGACGCCGCAUUCUCUCUUUCCCAAACACUCUCUGUGUUUCCGCUAAAUAGUGUGCCGACGCCACCAUUUCCGAUUAGGCGACCAUCAUGACUACAAAGCCAGAUAGUGACUUGCCAAAUGCUUCUUCAUCACAAGAGGAAUCAAAGCCCCCAAUUGAGACUAUACGUUUGCCUACAAUGGAGGAAAUUCAAGGCCAGGAUAUAUGGAAUAAUUGUGCUGUGCGCAGUGUUAUGAGUGGAGUUAUGGGAGGUGGAUUGGGAUUGGCAAUGGGAUUGUUUCUUGGAUCCUUUGAUACUCCACUCUUGCAAGAUCAAAUGACUGGUAGACAGCAACUGGUCUAUCAAGCAAAGCAGAUGGGUCAGAGGAGCUGGAGUAACUGCAAGUCAUUUGCCCUUAUGGGUUUUGUCUUCUCUCUUUCUGAAUGCAUCGUUGAGAAGGCCCGGGCCAAGCAUGACAUUACAAAUACAGUAGUAGCAGGCUGUGUAACCGGAGGUACUAUAUCUGCUAGAGGUGGGCCAAAAGCAGCAUGUGUUGGCUGUGCUGGUUUUGCUGCAUUCUCGGUUGCUAUAGAGAAGGUUUUAGAAAGGUAUACUUGAAGAGCCAAUGGGUCACUCGGUUCGAUCUGCUACACUUGAUGUGAAGAUGGUAAUGUCAGUAUACUCAUAUUUAACUCUAGCUCGCAUAUAACGCUUUUAUCUGGGAUUAAAUGGUCCCAUGAUCAUCCAGGGAUUCCCCCCAUUCGCUGGCUCUAAUAAACAUAGAUUAUUUUUUGAUCAUGCUUUGUUUAUGAAAUUAUUCUAGUGUCAGCUGUGAUUUUUGUCAAUGUAGUUUUAUUUAUUUUCUCAGAUGUAUGCGCCUUAUUUCUCGUAUUUUUCUAAGUAUAGUAAUAAAUAAAUUUUUAUA